GUUUUAUUAUUUGUCGUCUGUUCCUGUCUACCCAUUUGAAACAAAGAUUAAUUUAGUCUUCUUUUGGUUAGAACAAGUUUUUUCAACAAGUUUUCUUUGUCCCAAACAAAGUACAAUAACAACAACAAAACGCAUAUAAAUAUCCGUAAAAUCAAGUUUCAAGGCAAAAAAUAAAGAAAACAAAAUGCCAGCUGAUUCAGUUUCAAGAAUGAAUUCAAAUGGAGGCUCCGGUGGCAAUGACUCUGACAUACCCGAAAAUCUUCUAAGUACAUCUCCAGGUUCUUCAGGUCUGCGUUCACGUACUGAUAGCGAAAGUUCAGAUAAAUUACUACGCUUUGUUUUACCUAGCAUGGAUGGAAGUCCACCUAAAGUGAUGACCCUAAAUGAGGUAGCCGAUGUCGUUAAAAAUAUACAAAAUAUGGAAUUAGCUCAUGAAAUUGCUCUUAAUCCGGAAUUUAAAUUGCAACCAUAUGAACCUCCAGAAAGUAGCCUGGAGAAAGUUAUUAAGGAAACAAUGCACAAAGUAUUUUGGGACAAUUUACGUUUACAACUUAACGAAAAUCCACCAUGUUACGAUUAUGCCAUACGACUUUUAGGAGACAUUAAAGAAUGUUUUCCCCAGAUUUUGUCACCAAACAACAAACGUGCCUUAGAGCAUAUAAAUGAAAUUCUUGACGAGUCCGUAAUACGUCAACAAGCUGAAAAAGGUGUUCUUGAUUUUAGAAAUUAUGCCAACUUUGUUAUACAGAUUAUGGCCAAAUCGUGCGCUCCUGCUAGGGACGACGCCAUAAAAGAGUUGACACAAAUUGAAGACGUUGUUGAUACGUUUAAGGGUAUUCUUGAAACGAUGACGCUGAUGAAAGUCGAUAUGGCAAAUUUUCUUCUCGAUUUUGCUCGUAACGAUAUAAUGGCUAAUUCGGUGGAAUAUGAAAAACAAAAAUUCCAAGAAUAUUUAGAGUACUAUAAAUUUGGUUUUCCGGCAACCGAAAAUUGGCUUAAGCGUAAUCGCACCCAAGAUUCUAAUAACAUACCAAUCAGUGGAGAUCAAACAAUAUCAAAUGCCUAUAUGGAACUAAUGGACUGGCCAGAAGAUGUUGAAUUUCCCGAAAUCCUUUCAAUCGACAAAGAUCGUAUAUUAAAAUUGGGUCAAAAGGCCAAACGUUUAUGUGUUGGAGCUUCCCUAAUUGCUAUAUGUUCUGCUGUUCCCAUAAUAUCACAACGCACAGAAAAUCGUACACAAUUGGCACAACAAAUUGAGAUAUUACUUCAGAGCGUGACUAGUGAAAAAACGAUUUCUGAACUAAUUGAUAAUAUUUGGGAACAAAUAAAAGCCGUUGUUAAUCAGUUUUUGCAAAAGGAAGACCAAUCAACAAUGGAUGCCUCAGCCGAAUCGUUACUCAAGACGCAAAUUAUGCAAAUUGCCAAUAAAGAAUCGCCCGUACGACAACUUAUGUGGAAGCGUUUACAAACAUAUUUCCGUUUGACACUUCGCUCGAAAGGUGGACUACCUCCACCACCGCCUGGAUAUACUGAUUUCAAAACAGAAUUGGAAAACUAUGCAACUUCCCUUAAACGUGUCAUAGCUUAUAAUCAUUCUGUUUUCGGUGAAUAUUUUUUACGUAUACUUACACAACGACAUCCGGAAUCUGCUAAUAACGAUUCUAACGAAAGUGCUACCACUUCAGGAAGCUCUUCUUCAGAAGCUAAAGCUCAGUCCUCGCAAUAAUGAAUUAUGCCUAUGAAUAGAAAGGGAAUAGAGUAGAUUAUCAAACCAAUACAUACACCGUUUAUCAAUAAAAAGCCCUGAGAUAAAAUUUUAGAGCUAACGCGAAUUAGUGCAUUGGACGAAAACUUAGAAUGCGUUACAGGAUCUGGUUUGUGAAUUAAAAAGAGCAAAUUUCUUAAGGAAAUUAAAAUAAAAAAUUUGUGUGCAGCAAUAUUGAAUUGCUGUAAACCGUUUAUUAAAUUCACUAACACCAAAACUAAACCAAAUCUAUGACACAUGAAUUUUCGAAAAAAGUCGUAUGAUUGAUAACAUUUAUAAAUAAAUUAUAUUUAAAUGUAUCAUAACAAAUAUAACAUUUUAAAAGUAUGAGUUAUAUUACAUAUAUUAAUAUCUAAUAAAAAAUAUUCCAAUUUUUCACAAGUCCUCUUCGAAAUACAUCACUGCACUGUACUGUGCAUCAGAUGCAGUACAGUUAUGUAUUUCCGAGCAGCCCCAUACAUAAUAUAUGGAAAAUUGAUUGAACUAAUAAAAAUAAUAAUAAUAAACAAAACAA